AUGCCACACAAAGUUACCAACGACUCCAAUUCCACCCUCGCCAGCCGCGGGAGCAGCAAUGGCGACCAAGUCAUAGCCACUGAAGUUCGAGACGCGCCGUCAGCCGCCAAUCCCGUUCGCAAACCUCCCGUCAUCGUCCACAACAAGGGCGGCCAGAUCUACGACGAGACUCGGCCGUCCGACUGGGACAAACAACGCUGGAAGUAA